CUUCCUAGAUCGCCGUUACCUACUCUUUCCAAAUGACUAUAGCCUUCCGUAACUCACUAUUUUCUUCUAUCAUCCAAACUGUAACAUAGAGCUACCUACCAGUAGAGAAGCAUCCCAAGUCAUCAUUAUGUGUGGUGCAUUGUCAACAUCUUCGCUCGAUGCACUAUUCAUCAUUCGUUUCGUACACCCCAUAACUUAUCAAUACCAACUAUAGAAUUCAUCCUUACAUAGUUGGCGAUUACCUAUAGAUGAAGCACCUUGCAUUUCUUCACCUCAAUCCGGUAGAAUGGGAAAUGAAAAGAGCUCAAUGGCGAAAGAACCCGACCGACUUUGCUUUCUCUCGCUUGCCCCCGUUGGCGUAGACGACAUUCAUUACCACUACCCCAACCCCCCAACCGACGUCCCGUUUAGGACACUACGAUGCGGGAUUCCAGGGGGAGCGGCUCUUUGGGCUACAUUUGGUGCCCGGCUUUUCAAGCCCAGGGAAUGCUCAGAAGAUGUCGGUUGUUAUCUCGCCGUUAGAGGCGGCUUUCUCGAGCCAGCACUUGAGCAAUUACGGUCUUGGAAUAUGACGACGAGUGGCUAUCGCGUAAAACAGUCAACUAAUCGGGUAUUUCUGAGAUAUGACGAUGAAGAGUGGACAAAAUAUUUCAAGCGCCAAUAUAAGCUCCUGAAUCCUGAAAUCGCUAGGCUCGUAGACACAGAGUACCUAGGUGCCAAAUGCUUCCAUUUCCUCGCAGACGCAAAGAGAUUUACAGGGACCUUGUAUGAUCUAGACGGCAUGCGAGGAUUGAGCGAAUUCCACGGAGAACGGCGUCUAAUUAUAUGGGAGCCUCCUGACAAUCCACCUUGUGUAGAGGUAGUGGAUUAUAACUAUGCAUUGUCCAGGGCAGAUGUUUUCUCGCCUAGCCAUAAAGAACUACUUGCAAUCACAGAUGAUGCAGGUGCAAGUGCAAAAUUUCGAUACAAAAGUAUCGAAAAAGGUGCUCGCAAAUGCAUCAAAAGGGGCAUCGGCCCUAGAAGAAGUGGUAUCAUAGUAGUUCGUUGUGGCCAGUACGGGUGUUUUUAUAUGAACGGAAAGAAUGAAAAGGGCUGGAUACGUCCCUAUUAUUCUCAUAGACACCCCAAGGUGGAAGAUAUCACCGGCUCGGGGAGCGCUUUCCUGGGAGCUUUUGGCGUCGCCUAUAUGGAAACUGGAGACAUGAAAAUGGCUUGUGUACGUGGUGCGGUAGCGGCUAGCUAUGCACUCGAGCAGUUUGGCCUCCCGGUACUGCAAAACCCCGAUGAACCGCGGGGCCGCUUUAAAAUCGAUGAGCUAGAGAAUGAGCCGAUCUACAUUCCGAGUACUGGCGAGAUAGUGGACGCGCCUCGUAGCGCUAUCCCAAAUUAUGGUACUUUCAACAACAAGCCAAACAACGAAUCCAGCAGCGCUGAGGCGAGCAGCUCAAAGAGAAGUCCCGGCGGCGACAAGCCGAUCACAGGAUCCAGCAGUAAAAAGCCAGAGAACGAAUCUAGCAGCGCUGAGGCGAGCAGCUCAAAGAGAAGUCCCGGCGGCGACGAGCCGAUCACAGGAUCCAGCAGUAAAAUGUCAGAGAACGAGUCCAGUAGAGCUGAGGCAAACAGCGCAAAAGCUAAUCCCGCUUCUUUCAGGUCGAAGGCUAGCGACGAGGUACAAAUCGCGAGCCCAGAACUCUGGAAUGGUGAAGAUCCCUUCGCUCGCUUGGGUCUGAUGGAGUCCAACCCAGCAAUAUACGCUGAUCCUCGCGACGACGACGACGACAGCGCAGAAGGUUAUGGAAGAAUUACCUUUUCGGAUGACGAUUCUGAUCCUGAGGAAGAAACCGCUUCAAGUCAAUGGGUAGAGAGAAGAGAUUUUGUAGCUGAUGCCGUUACUUAUGUGGCACCGCUGGACAAUAUAGAUGAGUCAGAUGAGGAAAAUGGGCAAGGCAGGGAAGGGCGGAGAAGAAAGAAAGGAAAAGCACCGCUCAUUUCAACCAAUUUUUAGUUUAUAGCGUUCCAGCGUCCUGUAUCCUAUAGUCCUUGUUUGUUUCCUUCAUUCUUCUUUUCUAGACAAAUAUUUAACUCAGAAGCGU